AUGGGAGAGGGAGACGGAUGGACUGUAAUUUCAGACCAACAAAGGGUUUGGGACUUGACUGGAAUUCCCUGUCCUCAUGCCAUUAGUGCAAUAUUGUUCAUGAGAAAGAAUCCAGAAGAUUUUGUUGCUCAUUGGUACAAAAGUGAAGCUUACACAAAUGCUUAUGAGAGCUUGUUAAACCCUGUGCAAGGUACCAGAUUUUGGGACCUUCAACAGGAGGGAUCUAUGUUGCCUCCUCAUAGUAUUAGGAAGCCAAUAGGAAGGCCCAAACUAGCUAGAAGGAGGAACCCUUCAGAAGGUCCAAGAAAUCCAUUUAAGGCAUCAAGGGAAGGUGUGCAAUUGAGAUGCACCCAUUGUGAAUCAAGUGAACGUACAUGGAGAAAGUGUCACACUGCACCACCAAGGCAAUAA